AGUCUUACUGACAAGAGGGAGACUGGCUUUUCUGAGUUUGUCAGCUCCCCCUAAAAUAGCGCGUCAGCGUGUAAAUGUGAACUGAAAUUACGUUUAUCCACUGGAGUCACCGAUAUAGAGUGUCUAUAUACAGCGACUGACUUGGGAGUAAAGGACAUUUUUUUCAAGGAGGACAAAACAGCAGAGAGCUGAAAGCCAAGGAUGCAUUGAAUGAAAAAUAAGAGAUAGAAGCUGAACAUUCUUGGCCCAAUAAAGAGGAUAGUGUUUCUCUGGUUGUUUGAUUGUGGUGUGGUCUGCUGAAGAACAACGAGUGUCUUGAGAAGAGUGAGUGUAUAUAAGAAGAGAGACUGUUGCACAAUGUGCUAGGAGAGUGGGGGAAGAAAGAGUGUUGUUUUUCUGAUAUUGUUGAGGUGUCAGAGAACCAGGAAAGGAGACAGCCAUGGGGCGAAAGAAGAUACAGAUCACGAGGAUCAUGGAUGAAAGGAACAGACAGGUUACCUUCACAAAGAGGAAGUUUGGCUUGAUGAAAAAGGCCUAUGAGCUGAGCGUACUAUGUGACUGUGAGAUCGCCCUCAUCAUUUUCAACAGCUCUAACAAACUGUUCCAGUACGCCAGCACAGACAUGGACAAAGUGCUGCUGAAAUACACAGAGUACAACGAGCCCCAUGAGAGCAGAACCAACUCUGACAUUGUAGAGGCGCUAAACAAGAAAGAACACAGAGGUUGUGAUAGCCCGGACCCCGAUGCCUCAUAUGUCCUCACUCCUCACACAGAAGAAAAGUAUAAAAAAAUUAAUGAGGAGUUUGAUAAUAUGAUGAGAAAUCAUAAAAUCCCCACAGCAUUGCCUCAGCAGAACUUCUCCAUGCAUGUGGCAGUGCCUGUAUCCAAUCCUAAUGCCAUGUACCAGGCAGGAGGGACUCUGGGCAGCCAGGGCUUGGCAGCCGCCACCGCUUCUCUGAGUGAGAGUGGGAUGCUGUCCCCUCCACAGGCCUCUCUGCAUAGGAAUGUUGGCUCUGGUGGAGGAUCCCAGAGGCCCACCAGUGCAGGCAGUGCAGGAAAUGGUUUUGUUAACUCCAGGGGCUCUCCGGGCCUCCUCAGCACACCCAGUGGCAAUGGCCUGGGUAAAGUCAUGCCCACCAAGUCUCCGCCACCCCCUGGAGGGAACAUGGGAAUGGGAAGCCGCAAGCCAGACCUGAGGGUUGUUAUCCCUCCAUCAAGCAAAGGGAUGAUGCCCCCACUGUCUGAGGAGGAGGAAAUGGAUUUGAACACUCAGAGGAUAAGCAGUUCCCAGUCCACCCAGCCGCUGGCUACUCCAGUAGUGUCUGUCACCACCCCCAGCUUACCCCCACAGGGCCUGGUCUACUCAGGCAUGACCACCUCCUACAAUCCUGCUGAGUACUCCCUGAGCAGUGCAGAGAUCUCUUCCCUGCAGGGCUUCAGCUCUCCUGGGCUCUCACUGGGCUCCAUGUCGGCAUGGCAACAGCAUCAACUGGGCCAAGCAGCUCUUAAUUCUUUGGUUGGUGGAGGUCACCUACCUCAGGGUUCCAACCUAUCUAUCAGCACCAGCCAGAGCAUAAACAUCAAGUCUGAGCCUAUCUCACCACCACGGGAGCGUGUCACCCCAUCUGGGUUCCCCCCACAGCAGCCGCAGCAAGGGUCCAGCCGACAGGAAGUUCUGGGACGUUCACCUGCCGACAGCCUGAGCUCGUCCUGUAGCUCAUAUGAUGGCAGUGAUCGUGAGGACCACCGGCCAGACUUCCACUCCCCGCUGGGGCUGGGCAGACCUCCUGCUGGCUCAGAGGACAGGGAGAGCCCGUCGGUCAAGCGCUUGCGCAUGGACACAUGGGUGACAUAAAGAGCCCUGAUCAAGCCUCCAGUCACCAGCCGGUCAGAGAGAGGGAGGGUUAGACAUGGAGAUAAGAGAGAGAGAGAGAGAGAGAGAGAGAGAGAGAGAGAGAGCAAGGGUCCUUACAGCUAUCAUUGUCAUGCUAUUAUUCAACUCCACUUCAGUUUGUAUGACUGAGAUGUGAUGUAAUGUAAUACGACAUGUCAGGACAUAUCUAAAGUUAAUUCUCAGACUGAUACAAUAAGAUUAAAAACUCAGCAAGGUGGACUGAAUUAUAUGCACAAGCAGGUGGUAUCAGGUACUUGGUGCAAUUCAGGAGACGCUGCAGAAGAAAGAAGUUCAAAGAAAAUUGUUAAACCAUAGGCGGUAGAUUACUUUAGUCACUGGUCUAGUCAGACACUUACAUGUAGUUGCUGUUUUGCUGUUGUGCUUGCAAGUUGCAAACAAUCAAAGAAAGUUGUGUUGCUUUCAGGCUGAGGACCCAUGCAUAUGAUGCUCACUGCGAGAACUGUCUUUAAAAUCAUGCUGUAACCACACAAGUUCUUUAUAUUAAGUGGCCUCUUCUAAUUUAUUGACUUGGUUGAUCAGGCACACAUGAAGUUAAAGGACCAGUGUGUGGGAUUGUGUAGAGUUUAGUUGCAAACAGAUCCAUCCCAUCAAUGCAGACGUGUGAAAGUUUUGUCCAUGUUUGGCAAACAUGACAGACUCCAUGAAAGAAGAUCCAGUCCUGAUGUACAACUGAAAGGCUAAUUCUAGUGUAUAAUGAAUUAUACACCAAUUCAAACACAUUUAUGAAUGCUUUAAUACAUUUCUGCCAAUAGAUCCCCAUAAAUCCAACACACUGGUCCUUUUUAUUGAUGUUAUAGAGGAAUUUUGAUCACACAGUAAAUCAACAGUUGAGACUACUUUAGCGAAUACAUGAAACAUUAAUGUUGGAGGUAAAAACGAGAUAGCAGCAGAAUUUAUUGCAAUAAUGACAAUAACUAUUCAUUUUAUAAUUUAAAAUUUUAGGGUAUGUAAAUGUGCAAUUAAGAUUAUGCCCAGUUGAGCUGGUGAGAAAGUCAGCAUGUUCACGUUUGUGUAACAGUUCAUCAGUAAUAUAAGCCAAAGCUAUUCUUUUGUGUUGUUUUGUACAGUUGCAAUGAUUUCUCUAACAAUUCACUCAAAUGCACCAUUUCUUUCAUCAUAGUUAUUAUUUUUUGUGCUUUUAUUAUAGUUUAAAGUCAUGUAAACCGGAUCUUGAAUCGAUAUCUAAAGCCAUGAACAUUUGCUGUUCUGUUUGUGUAAUUGAAAAUUUGAGCCAAACAUUGUCUUUUGUUGUGUAAAUAGCAACUUUAAUAUAUAUUACCAGGGUGUGAGUACAUACUGAAUGUACUGUAUGAUCACCGUUUUCAAGGAAAGUAUAUUUUUGUGGUUUACAGCCAAGUUUACAAGAGUACACCCUAAAAAAAAAAAAAAAGUAGAUCAUUCACUGGUCAAUAUUUACUAUUAUGUUAGUCUCUUCGAAACUGAAUCGCCAACAUGAACUCCCGUGUGUUUAGUUCCAGAUGGUCAAUUUGUUUUGUCUCUCUUUUUAGUGGUUUAGUGGUGAUUGUUUGUCCUGAUGACAUUGUAAUAACAAUGCUGUGAGGUUGAAGUUCCACUAUUUUCAUAUUUCUUAAGGAUAAUCACAAGGCUAGGGGAAAUAGGAUUUCUUCUCACCUAUUGUGCUGGCCUGUGUUAGCAGCUGCUGAAUACACUGCCACCAUUCAAAUCCAAGGUCCAGGCCCCACACCGAGGAAUAAUCUAUUGUUAUUGCGUGGAGCUCGACUGAAAGGCAUGCCAUCUCUCAAGCCAUUUCCACUAUUGUGCUAUUGGUUCAUGCAAUUAAAGCAAAAUGCAUAGACAUGGUAAAAGUGGCUGCUGACCUUCAUACAAAACCAAUCAUGCCUGUUCCAACACGUAGUUGUAAAUAUGUAAGUCUAUUUGAAAUGUCGGUCAUAAUUGCGUACAAAAAAACACCCAUGCGCUUCAUUAAACGGCUCCAGAGACGUCAUCUUAUCGCCAUUCCCCAUUAGUAAGUGUAGUGCAGCCAGAGGAAAGGUGAAAGUCUGAAGCUGAAGGUGCAGGGGGAAGGGGAGGGGCUGUGACCUGGUUUCUUCUUCAUCCUCAUGGAAACAAAUCAUUCAGCAGCUAAAUCAUAAUAAGACACACUGACUGACUUCAAUCUCACUGCUGAAAGGCACACAUUUGUAUGAGAAGUUUGCUGUACAAGACAGGUGUUGCUCUGUAUUCACCGUGGCUUUUCUUGUGUGUGUUUCUGAGGUUUCUGACCUAUGCUGCCCCCAUCAACAGCUCCAUGGUUGCUCACGUCUGUAAUGAUCUAUGCAGUUAACCCCCGAUUCACAUGAAACGUACAGAAUAUGAUGUCAUUACAGGUCAUGUUUAGUCUGCAUUAGGAGGAUGAGUGUCAAAGACUGUUAGCCUCUUAAAGUGUCACAGAAGGGAGUUACUGGAGUUAAGUAUAAUUCAUUUCAUUAAAUUAUUUAUUUGGAUACCCUAUGUCAAUUUCCACAUGUUCUUAUAUAUUGGAAGACAUACUUACAUGGUGUAUAGUAAUCCAUAAUGUAAUGUAGUUUAACACAGCAGGUGAGAAUAGCAAUAAUAAAAGACUACAAUGAAAACUGCCCGUCUUGGCAGCAUCACCUCGAAGUUGAGCACAUAUUUUAGCACUCGAUAACAUAUCAGGGAAUUUUGUAGUUGCUCUGUCUAUAUGCACAGUUAGGAAAAUGCCUUAUCCCAAAGAGAAAUGACACCACUUUUACGUUCUCUCAGUUAGACAUAGACAAUGCAGAUAUCACUCAAACAUGACCAGACCUGCCUCUUCUCAGAUAGGACGCACACAAGAAAACGCAUGGUGAAUGCUCUGUGGUUAACACUGCUCUUUUGGUCUAUGUCCAAGUUGUGCACAACUGAUGAAUGUGAAAGGAAAGGGUAAUCAAUGAACCUCUGUCGAGGACUUUCUUCACUUUGCUGUGCAAGAGUACACUGCUUUGCUUCACUGCUUUUAUAAACAGAACUACGUGUUUGGUAAGUGUUUGUAGUUGAUAGUUCACUUAACUAAAGAAGCUGUUUUCGGUUUGAAUGCUCAGACCGUUUGGCGGCACAAGCUGGACUUUGUUGCCAAUAAUGACAUUAUUUGUUUCAGAAUCAAAAUAGAUUUGAAGUUAAUCGACAUUUUAUUUCCCUUCAAUGUUGUUACUUUAUUUUCAUCAUAAAUAUUCAAGUGAACUUUUUAUUAAACAAUUAAGAUACUAUGCUAGAUGUUGUACAAAAUUUGUAUUCUUCACAAAAGUACAAAUAUUGGCUUUUAAUGUGUAAUUUAGGUUAUCUCUCUUAUUCUGUAUAAAAUGAAGUAAACAACUCUUUCAUAGAAUUUGUUCUCCUGUGAAGUCCCAAACAGUAGAAACUGUCAACUUUAUUAAACACCUCAGUGUAUGCUCA